AUGGGACUCUCCUGGGGAAAUGCAGUUUAUCUAGGUGCUUAUGAUGAUGAAGGAGCAGCUGCUCAUGCUUAUGAUUUGGCUGCACUUAAAUACUGGGGAAGUGAGACCAUUCUUAAUUUUCCGCUAUCAACUUAUGAAAAAGAAAUCAUAGAAAUGGAGGGUCAGUCCAGAGAAGAAUAUAUUGGAUCAUUGAGAAGGAAAAGCAGUGGAUUCUCUAGAGGAGUUUCCAAAUAUCGUGGAGUAGCAAGACAUCACCAUAAUGGAAGAUGGGAAGCUCGAAUUGGCAGAGUUUUCGGCAACAAGUACCUUUAUCUCGGAACAUACGGCAC